GAUUGGAGCAGCGGCAUCACGCUGACCUCGGCCUGGGAUGUAAACCCGCCGGCCGCUGCGGGCAGAGGAAGGCUCGCGGCAGCUCCGGGAAAGCCAGCCCAUCCCCGGCUCCCCGCGGUGGCCUAGAUCUCUGUGGCGCCCAGCGGCAGGAGGAGCCCGGCGAGGGCGAGAGCGAGGGCGCGGGCGCGGGCGGGGAGCGCGCGUCGGAGCCUUCGGCGGCGAGAAGGGGCGGCGCGAGCCAUGGCCGGGGACAGCGAGCAGACCCUGCAGAACCACCAGCAGCCCAACGGCGGCGAGCCCUUCCUCAUCGGCGUCAGCGGGGGCACAGCCAGCGGCAAGUCUUCCGUUUGUGCUAAGAUUGUACAGCUCCUGGGGCAGAACGAGGUGGACUAUCACCAGAAGCAGGUGGUCAUCCUGAGUCAGGAUAGCUUCUACCGCGUACUCACCUCAGAGCAGAAGGCCAAGGCUCUGAAGGGCCAGUUCAACUUUGAUCACCCGGAUGCAUUUGACAAUGAACUCAUCUUGAAAACACUGAAAGAAAUCACUGAAGGGAAAACAGUCCAAAUCCCUGUGUACGACUUUGUCUCCCAUUCGAGGAAAGAGGAGACGGUCACUGUCUACCCUGCAGACGUGGUGCUCUUCGAGGGGAUCCUGGCCUUCUACUCCCAGGAGGUCCGAGACCUGUUCCAGAUGAAGCUCUUUGUGGAUACAGAUGCGGACACCCGGCUGUCCCGAAGAGUGUUAAGGGACAUCAGCGAACGAGGGCGGGACCUGGAGCAGAUCUUAUCACAGUACAUCACAUUUGUCAAGCCUGCCUUUGAGGAGUUCUGCUUGCCAACAAAGAAGUACGCGGAUGUCAUCAUUCCUAGAGGUGCAGAUAAUCUCGUGGCCAUCAACCUCAUCGUGCAGCACAUCCAUGACAUCCUCAAUGGCGGGCCGUCCAAGCGGCAGACCAACGGCUGUCUGAAUGGCUACACGCCUUCACGCAAGAGGCAGACGUCAGAGUCCAGCAGCAGGCCGCAUUGACCCCGCCGGCUCUGGGGAGCUCCGCGCGCCUGUACAUACCCUUUCCCAGGACGUUGCUGUAUUUAAGAAGACACUGUGGAGAGGCCACGCCUUUGGGUUCUUUUCUUUACUUUAUUCCUUUUUGUACUACAGAACUGCGAAAGCAAACAGAACUUGAUCUUGAUCUUAAGUGACAAACUGUGCCAACAACUACUGGUGAUGCCUAAUUAUGAGUCCAACAUGUAACCAGUUAUAAAUACAUAUUAUAUAUA